GCCUUGCUGACGGGCCCGGGACCGGGACGGCUCCCCGUAAACCGGAAUGCGCCCCCUCAGGCUAGCAGCCGCGUUUGAAUCUGCUUGCAUUACGGAGUGCGAGUGGCAUCUGCGGCCAGAGUGGGCGCCGUAUUACAGUGACAGCUGCGCUUUCAGGUCGCACCCAGAGGCAUUUUGCCGGCCGUAAACUUACGGCAGCUGCCAAGAAACAUACCAGGAAUAGGGACGUCACCAUAGCUGUGCUCUGAGCUGGAGUUUGCAGUGUUGAUCUGCCCUCGCGCCCGGUGGGUGUGGCGCUGCGGCGCACGUGAUUCGUUGUUGCACGAGCCCCUAGCGGCACUUUCGACGGUGCACCACCUCGGCCUGGCGCGUUGCAGGCGCAGCACGGGGACCGUCCAGGUAUCUCCAGUCCAGUCGCCCCUCCGCUAACUCGUGAUGGCCGAGACCUUCGUGCCACGUGCCCGCGGACCGGCGAUGGACCCCUCGGAGGUGGAGACGUUCGACCCGGCGACAGGGCCCGGUCGGUCCGAGUUCGAGCCGGUUCCCGAGAAGCCGCGGACCAAGUGGAGGGAGGUGGCCGACCCACGCACCGUGCACAGCCUCGACCCGGACGUGUACAGCACCAAGAAGUCGGUGGCGCAGGGUUUCAUGGACGUGGCACUGCUCUCCGCCAACGCCGACCAGCUGAGAACGCUACUCAAGACGGGCAACUCGAGCUCCCCGUUCUAUACGGUCUGCCUCGUGUUCAUCUCGCUCAGCCUCAUCACCCAGGUGACGAUUGCCGUUCUGCUGCUGGUCAAGGUCCGCUACAACAUCAACAAACCCGACCAGUUCCGGAAGUCGGAGACGCUCAACAACGUCUGCAUGAUCGCCUCCGUGUUCCUCACAGUGUUCAACGUACUCGUCUCGUCUUUCAUGUCCGAGGUGCCUGGAGUAGCGAUGGGGGAGCCGGCGCCGACCCCCGAAUUCGGUUCUGAGGCUGAGAUCCUACCCGGCUUCAAUAGAGACCCGGUGGGAGAGCCGGUGGUGGGCCAGUAGUGACGUCACUGGCACGCACUCCGCAGACUAUUGAUGAUGACGUCAGUGGCCUCAUAUUGGCGGACUGUCGGUGGACAGGGUGUGACGUCAUCGGCCCAACCUCGGCAGAAUGUUGUGAAUGACGUCAGUGGCCCAAUGUCAGUGGACUGGCUGUGACGUCAAUCGCCACUGGCACAACUUCGUUAGACUACUGGGAAUGACGUCAGUGGCCCAGUGUCGGUGGACUAGGCGUGACGUCAUUUGCCUGAUGUCGGCAGACUAGGUAUUGAGGGUGACGUCAGUGGUCAAUAUCGGCGGGCACUAUUGGGAGUGCCGUGACGUCGGUGGUCUGUUCGUGUGCUCCAUGGUCGGACGAAGUGCCUGGUCCGCUGUUGCCGUUGUAUGAACUGAGUUAUGUGGUCUAAAGAUUGGCUCGUUAGUCUGUGAACGGUGGUCCCUAAACGAUUGUAAGGUCUGAAGUCGCUGGUGCUUAGCUCAAGGUUCGCUGUCUUUGAAUCGGUGUUCGAGAUUAUUGCAUCGCUUUGUAUGACUAGGGAAACUAACCUGUGUGACGUGUGUCCUGUGUACAUAUAAGGUGUCGGUGGUCAAUGGCAAAGCUGAAUGGCUCUCGACUAAAGCUCGCGAUCGCGAUAGCCGGUCCCGAGAGCUAAGAUCAGUGGUCAGUAAUCAGAGCUCGCUGGUCAGAGAUCACAAAGUUUAUAAUUAUUAGUCAACGGUGGUCAGAGCUCAUUGGUCAGCGGUGGUCAGAGCUCAUUGGUCAUAUGUGUAUCAGCGAUCAGUGGUCGAGCUCGCUGGUCGAUCAUCAGUGCUCGAUUAUCAGAAGUAUGUCCGCGACUGGUAUUUUGCGCUACGCUACAGCCAGAAUAUUUCUCAUCCUAUGAUCGGCAAGUCGCGUCUACAUUUACAAUAUAUAGUUACGCUGUCGCAA